AUGAAUUCUUUCAUGUUUGAUCCCACGAAAACGGAUUGUUCAGAAAAUGCUCUCUCUAAUAAUCAACACGAAAAUUUCGCCCAAGUUGCACCACCACCUCCUUCUUCUUCGUGCUUGACAAGAGAUCAAGAGCAUGAGAUCAUGGUCACUGCCUUGCGACAAGUGAUUUCCAACUCCGGAGGCCACACGUCAUCAUCAAACUUGAUCGCCGUCGAAGCUCUUCCGCCUCCGGACGCUGGUCCUUGUCCUAUCUGUGGCGUCACGGGUUGCUACGGCUGCACAUUCCAACGGCCUCAUGGAAAGAUGGAGAAGGAGAAGAAAUACAAAGGAGUGAGGCAAAAGCCAUCGGGUAAAUGGGCGGCGGAGAUAUGGGAUCCGAGUAUGAAAGCAAGGAGGUGGCUUGGAACGUUUCCGACGGCGGAGAUGGCUGCUCGUGCUUACGACGAGGCGGCCGCUGAACUUGUCGGGAGAGCAUCAGCAAGACGCGGCACAACGAACGGAGAAGGAUUUAAGCGGCGGCGGAGAUGA